UAGUAGCUGCCUGAGUUGGAAAGAAGAGGAUGACCGAGGUGCCUUGGUCGGCUGUCCCCAACGGGACAGAUGCUGCCUUUCUGGCUGGCCUAGGCUCGCUUUGGGGAAACAGUACAGUCGCCUCAACUGCUGCAGUUACCUCUUCAUUCCGAUGUGCUCUGACCAAGACCGGCUUCCAGUUUUACUACCUGCCGGCUGUCUACAUCUUAGUGUUCAUCAUAGGCUUCCUUGGCAACAGUGUGGCUAUCUGGAUGUUCGUUUUCCACAUGAAGCCUUGGAGUGGCAUCUCCGUGUACAUGUUCAAUUUGGCUCUGGCUGACUUUUUGUACGUGCUCACCCUACCAGCCCUCAUCUUCUACUACUUCAACAAGACUGACUGGAUCUUCGGAGAUGCUAUGUGCAAGCUGCAGAGAUUCAUCUUCCACGUAAACCUCUAUGGUAGCAUCUUGUUCCUCACCUGCAUCAGCGCGCACAGGUACAGUGGCGUGGUGUACCCUCUCAAGUCUCUGGGCAGGCUCAAGAAGAAGAAUGCUAUUUAUGUCAGCGUGUUGGUGUGGUUCAUUGUGGUGGUGGCCAUCUCCCCCAUUCUCUUCUACUCUGGCACUGGGAUUCGGAAAAACAAAACUGUCACCUGCUACGACACCACGUCUGAUGAUUACCUGCGAAGUUAUUUCAUCUACAGUAUGUGCACGACUGUGGCCAUGUUCUGUAUCCCCUUGGUGCUGAUCUUAGGCUGUUAUGGAUUAAUUGUUAGAGCAUUGAUUUACAAAGACCUGGACAACUCUCCUCUCCGGAGGAAAUCCAUUUACCUGGUGAUAAUUGUCCUGACGGUGUUUGCUGUGUCUUACAUCCCUUUCCACGUGAUGAAAACGAUGAAUUUGCGGGCACGACUGGAUUUCCAGACCCCAGAAAUGUGUGAUUUCAACGACAGGGUUUAUGCUACUUACCAGGUAACAAGAGGUCUAGCGAGUCUCAACAGCUGUGUGGAUCCCAUUCUUUAUUUCUUGGCUGGAGAUACAUUCAGAAGGAGACUGUCCCGAGCCACCAGGAAAGCUUCCAGGAGGAGUGAGGCCAAUUUACAAUCUAAAAGUGAAGAAAUGACUCUCAAUAUUUUAUCUGAGUUCAAGCAGAAUGGAGACACAAGUUUGUGAAGGCACGAGAUCCAAAUUCCUCAGUUCUGUAACAUGAUAGAAAUCACCAGUGUGAAGAUGGCAAAUCCCCCGUGAAGUCUUGGAGAUGAUCCAGUAAAUUUUGUCAGGUGAUACUAAAACUUCCAUUCAAAACCCGAGAGAAGAAGGAACACACAUUAGUAUAAUGGCUUAUGAGAGAAGACUUCAACAAAGAAAAUAGAAUAGGGUUGAUCAGUAUCAAUAAAUGAUGUGUG